AUGAGGCUGACACCUUUCAGUUUAUCGACUGGCAGUUCCUUUAUGUAUUCCAGACGACUAAAGAAGAAAACUUUCGGCACAGCUCCAGCCUGGAGAGCGUCUGCAAUGAGCCGACGACCUUCCAGCAGGAUCUUCCCUUGCUUUUCCCGAAAUGGCCUGGACUUAACUAUUGUCAUUACACUACUGUGGCCUCCUGUCCCCUGGUAAGGCCUUAUCAUAGCGAAGCCCAGAGUCUUCCCAGGUGCUGGGCGUCUGGGACCGGGGCACCUGAAGCGUCUGUUUCUGCUGCUGCUCACGGGGACUGGCCUCAGAGCCGCCUUGCGGGGCGGCUUCUCAGGAGCGCGCUUCCGUUCCACCACCUGUCCGGAUGGAAACACCACUUUCACCGGGCUCCGCCGCAGCGCUCGGACCCAGCGCCGCGCGCGAGGUCCCACGUCUGGACCACUGGCAGCAGCGGUCGCGUGGCUAAGCCAACACCCCGCGCCAACGCCGCCAUCUUCCCCAGGCCUUAGCGUCCGUCAGGAACGCGCGCCGGCGGCAACCAAUGACGUCACCGUGCGUGCGCCGGUGGUGGGCAGGGCGGUGCUGCGCGCCAGACGGCUGAGUGACGGCGGGAGUCAUGGCUGCUCGCGAUUUCUGCAUUUCGUGUUCAAAGUGGGAAACCGCUUCCACACCGCGCGUUUCUAUCGGGAUGUCCUGGGGAUGAAGGUUCUGCGGCAUGAGGAAUUUGAAGAAGGCUGCAAAGCUACCUGUAAUGGGCCUUAUGAUGGUAGAUGGAGUAAAACAAUGGUGGGAUUUGGGCCUGAGGAUGAUCAUUUUGUUGUAGAACUGACUUACAAUUAUGGCAUUGGAGACUACAAGCUUGGCAAUGACUUCAUGGGUAUCACCCUCACUUCUACUCAGGCUGUCAACAAUGCCAGAAAGCUGCAGUGGCCACUCACAGAAGUUGUAGAAGGUGUUUUUGAAACUGAGGCCCCAGGAGGAUAUAAGUUCUACCUGCAGAAUCAAAAUCCAACUCAGUCAGAUCCUGUAUUAAAAGUAACUCUAACAGUGUCUGAUCUUCAGAAGUCCUUGAACUACUGGUCUAAUUUACUGGGAAUGAAAAUUUAUGAACAAGAUGAAGAGAAGCAAAGGGCUUUACUGGGCUAUGCUGAUAACCAGUGUAAGCUGGAGCUACAGGGCAUCAAGGGUGCAGUUGAUCAUGCAACAGCAUUUGGAAGAAUUGCUUUUUCUUGCCCCCAGAAGGAGUUGCCAGACUUAGAAGACUUGAUGAAAAGGGAGAACCAGAAGAUUCUGACUCCUCUGGUGAGCCUUGAUACCCCAGGGAAAACGACAGUGCAAGUGGUCAUUCUGGCUGAUCCUGAUGGCCAUGAAAUUUGCUUUGUUGGGGAUGAAGCAUUUAGAAAACUUUCUAAGAUGGAUCCAGAGGGAAGCAAAUUGCUGGAUGAAGCAAUGGCAGCAGAUAAAAGUGAUGAGUGGUUUGCUAAACACAAUAAACCGAAGGCUUCAGGUUAACAGAAGACAUCACGUGAACAAGCAUUUGUGAUUCUCAUCCUCCACCUGGGAGGCCUGAUGUGUCUAUUCAUAAUAAAUGCUCUCACCACUUGAUGGUUUCCUAUACAGGCAAGGAGGCCUGAGUGAUGAAGAUUUGUAUAUUUCAGUCUUUGAAAGCUCUGAUAUAAAUAUUUUAAAAAUAAAUUAUCAUUAAUUCAGGUAGAGCAGAACUCUUGCUAUAAUCUGUACAGUCACUGAAAUGGUAUAUCUUGUGUAUAACAAAUUACUUUCCAGAUUAGGACAGCUAUAUGAGACAUUACCCUUGUUUAGAGAUGGAAGUUGUUUUGAUGAACUGUGAAUCAUGUAGAUUUUAUGAGAGCACCUGUUCAAAUGAGUUCCAAUCAGUUGCUUAUAAUGGUAAUAAUACUCCUAGCACCUGAUGACGAUACUCUCUUCUAAUAUCUUGUUGUGGCAGGUCUAGACAUUUAAAAAAUUUUUAAAGGGGAUCUGCGCCUUUGGCUCAAGCGGCUAAGGCGCCAGCCACAUACACCUGAGCUGGCGGGUUUGAAUCCAGCCCAGACCCACCAAACAACAAUGACGUCUGCAACCAAAAAAUAGCCGGGCGUUGUGGCGGGCGCCUGUAGUCCCAGCUACUUGGGAGGCUGAGGCAAGAGAAUCGCUUAAGCCCAGGAGUUGAGGGUGGCUGUGAGCUAUGAUGCCAUGGCGCUCUACCCAGGGCGGCAGCUUGAGGCUCUGUCUCAAAAAAAAAAAAAAAAAAAAAAUUUUUUUUUUUAAAGGAAUUUUGUUUCUUGGACCAACAGAUUUGGUUAAGAUCCCCUAUCUUACUUGCUUUUACAUUUUGAGUAGCCAGAGAAAGGAUUUAAUGUGUUGUGUUGCUAUAUGCCUGGUUUUGUGCUAUUUUACAGGUGUACAGAGGGUACCAGAAAUAUGUAUAUACAUUUUAAGAAAGGAGAAAAUUGUAUUAAAAUUGUAAUAUUCAAUAUAUACCAAUAACAAAAGGUGAAUACAACUCACAUUUGAGCACCUCUUGUAACUGCAGAAGUCAAAUGUGCCUUGAGUGUUACAAAUUGCAUAGUUUUUUCCUUUCUUCAAAUGUGUAUACAUUUUUCUGGCACUCUCUGUAUUAUUUAUUUGACCCUUACAAGAAAGAACAUCAUAUUAGAUGUCAUAAAAAUGGAUUAAAUGAGGCUGGGCAUAGUGACUCACACCUGUAGUCCUAGCACUCUGGGAGACUGAGGCCAGUGGAUUGCUUGAGCUCGGGAGUUCAAGACCAGCCUGAGCCAGAGUGAGACCCUGUCUCUUAAAAAAUAGCCGGGCAGUGUGGUGGGCACCUGAAGUCCCAAGUACAGGGGAGGCUGAGACAAGACAAUUGAUUUGAGCACAAGUGUUUGAGGUUGCUGUGAGCUAUGAUGCCACGGCACUCUCCCAAAGGUGACAAAGUGAGACUCUGUCUCAAGAAAAAAAAAUAAAGUGGAUUAGUUUCUUCAGUCUGAAAAAAAGAACUUUUUAAAUGUUUGCUUAUAGUUUUUGUUUGGUUCUGCAGUACAAAACAAAAACAAAUUGGUUUUAAUCAGAACAGAAUAAAAACAAAUAGGUUUUAAUCUUUGGAAACAGAAUUGUAUUGACAUAUUCAUUAUUGAAUUUUUUUUUAAAGUAUACUUCUGAAAUCAAGCUGUUAAACCAGUCUACAAGUCUCAUUAUUUAAAGUGGUAGGCAGUUUCAAAUUUUAAAGAAGAAACUGAGGAGAUUGGAAAGGAUUGACUAAGAGGAUACCAGUCCCAAAAUAGUAUAUAUAAAAUUAACUUGUAAAUCAUAACCUCUGCUGUUCUCCCUUAAUGGCAGGGUAGAGUAUUGAAAUUUCUGGGUGAGUUUCAGUUUACCUUUUCUUAUAGCAGUGAUCUUAACUUCAUCUCUUAAGAGAAAUCUUCGUCCAGCUCCACAACUUUUCAACUUAAAUUCCUUAUCUUAGGGAAGCAAGCUGUGUUUCAAAAGCAAGCCAGAUUACAUAUGUUCUUCCUCUAGGUUAUUGGUUCAUUUUUUUCCCUACACAUGGGGAAAUUAUUAUAUCAACUUUGAAUAAUCAGAUAAACUUCUGUACUUCUUUAGACCAGUGCUUUUCAACCUUGUUUUUCCUCAUGGCACUUUUGAACCUAUUAAAUUAUGGUGAUCAAAAAAAGAGUAAAGAAAAGUAUAUACUUAUUGUGCUUUGAAUUUCUUUUAAAAAUAAUGAUCUUUAAAAAUUUUCGCUGCAUACCGAAGAUCUCUCAUGGCACACUGGUUGAAAAUCACUGCUUUAGACUAUGUUAAUUCUCAAGUGUUCCAUUGGAUAACUAGUUCUUGAUAUUUAUGUCUAGUAAUAAAGUUUAUUAUUCGUUCUCAUAGAAAAAAAUAACUUUACCCAGUGUAUUAGGCUACUGUAAUGUGACCAUUUAAAUUUGACAGAAUAAAAGAAGUGGUUUAUGUAAGUA